AUGCUUAGACACUCUCUCAAACACACAUACAGAAACGGCGCUGGAGCUUUUGCUUCCGGGGCCAGAAACUACUCCAAUUUGCCAUUGACGGUGCCUGUUAAGUUGCCAAACGGCACCUCUUAUGAGCAACCUACUGGUUUGUUCAUCAACAACGAGUUUGUUCACCCAGUGCAGAAGAAGACCUUUGAGGUUAUCUCUCCUGCCACCGAGGAGGAAGUCACCCACGUUUACGAGGCCAGAGAGGAGGACAUUGACAAUGCUGUCAAGGCCGCUCAGGCUGCUUUCGAAGGUGGCUGGUCUGGCUCUGAUCCUUCUGUCAGAGCCACUGCUUUGAACAAGAUGGCUGACUUGAUUGAUGAGAAUGCCGAAACCUUGGCUCACAUUGAGGCCUUGGAUAACGGUAAGUCCCUUAUGAACGCCAGAGGUGACAUUGCCCUUUGUGCUGGUAUCUUCAGAUCCACCGCCGGCUGGGCCGACAAGCUCUUGGGUUCUGUCAUUGAAUCCGGUGACAGCCACUUCAACUACACCAGAAGAGAGCCUCUCGGUGUUUGCGGUCAAAUCAUUCCAUGGAACUUCCCAUUGUUGAUGUUCACCUGGAAGGUUGCCCCUGCCCUUGUUACCAACAACACUGUUGUGUUGAAGACUUCCGAAACCACCCCAUUGUCUGCCUUAUAUUUCUGUAGCUUGCUUAAGGAGAACAACGUUCUUCCACCAGGUGUGUUGAACGUUGUCAAUGGUUUCGGUAAGAUCACCGGUAACGCUAUCACUGACCACCCUGCUAUCAAGAAGGUUGCCUUCACUGGUUCCACUGCCACUGGUAAGGCUAUCAUGUCCAAGUGUGCCGGUACCUUGAAGAAGGUUACUUUGGAAUUGGGCGGUAAGUCUCCUCACAUUGUGUUCAACGACGCCAACGUCGAGAACGCUAUCAAGAACGUCAUCACUGGUAUCUUCUACAACUCCGGUGAAGUCUGCUGUGCUGGUUCCCGUUUGUACAUCCAGGAGGGUAUCUACGAUGAGUUUGUUUCUAAGUUUGUUGCUGCUGCUGAGGCCGUUAAGGUUGGUGACCCAUUUGCUGAGGACACUUUGCAAGGUGCCCAGAACUCUUGGAACCAAUUGGACAAGAUCUUGAAGUACAUUGAGUCUGGUAAGGCUGAGGGUGCUAAGUUGUUGUCUGGUGGUGAGAGAUCUGACGGUAAGGGUUUCUUCAUUAAGCCAACUAUCUUCGGCGAUGUCACUGAGAAGAUGAAGAUUGUCACUGAGGAGAUCUUUGGUCCAGUUAUCACUGUCCACAAGUUCAAGACUGUUGACGAAGCUGUUCGUUUGGCUAACGACACCGAGUACGGCUUGGCUGCUGGUAUUCAGUCUGAGAACGUGCACGUCUGUCACGAUGUUGCCAGAAGACUCAAGGCCGGUACCGUUUGGGUCAACACCUACAACGAUUUCCACCCAAUGGUUCCAUUCGGUGGUUUCGGCAGCUCUGGUAUGGGCAGAGAGAUGGGUAAGGAAGUCUUGGACAACUACACCCAGACCAAGGCCGUCAGAAUGAGAGUUCUCGCCUGA